AAACUAAAUCUUGGUUAGAUACUUUAAUUAAAAAUGACUCUGACCAUCAGGCUAUAGGCUUUAGCAUUAAAGACUAUGAAUUUGCAGUUUAUUUAAGAUACAAAGGAUAUCAACCUACUAAUCCGCCAGCUCAGGAGUAUUUAGAUGUUGUUUAUCCUCAAAGACAAGCAAUAACUGAAUUAAAUCUUAAUAACGAAAAACUCACUGGAUCUCUAGAUCUUUCUGAUUUUGUUAAUUUGAAAGAGCUAGAUUGUUCUGAAAACUAUCUAACUAACUUAAAUCUAAACAAUUGUUUACAGUUAAAGACAAUUAAUUGUUCUGACAACAAUCUUCAACAAGAUCUUUCCUUUGUAAUUAAUUUAAAACAAUUAAAAGAACUUAAGAUUUACAAUACUAAUUUCAAUGCUGUGAAUAUUGAUCAACUACCUAGAAGUUUAGAAGAAAUUAAAUAUUUUUCUGACAGCCCAAUAACUUCUCAAUUGGCACCCAUCAGGUAUGAGCAAGACUUAGCACAAUCAAGUGGUCAAGAAUUGGCGGAAAAGUUUAUUCAACAGCAAAAAGAUAAUUACAAGGACUUAAAAUGA